AUGUACGAUCCCCUCAAUCCCUCAAACUCUGGGUUUGGCGACAGCAUAACAUCCAAUCCAUUUGCUUCAGAUGCACCAGCUUGGCCGUCGACGCCUCAUACUCCGGGCUCCCCAGUUCCCAACCUACGAAGGGCUUCGCCAGCACUGCCCCAAACGCCCGACCAUGGCCCUGCACCAGGUCUAUAUGGAAAGGAGCCUCAGAUUUACGGACAACCGGACACGGGGCUCAUAUCUCCUCGAGAAACCAUAGCCUCCAACGGCAUAUCCUUCGAGAAACCCGACCCAUAUCUCAAAGUGAGGAUAACAGGCCUUGAUCGAAACCGACGGGACAUUUUGAUCAAGUUUGACGCUCAAACCAACCUCUCCAAUUUUACAGGGACGACCUACCGCAAUGUAUCCCGGUCAUACCUUGAGUUUCAGCAAUUCUACGAAGCCAUUGUGCAGAGCAACCCUCAAACCAUCAUCCCAGCUCUUCCCCUUGCGCAGACUUCAGCGCCGACCGACGAGGAAGAUGACCGCCUGGUGAAGAUCAUGUUGCAGAGGUGGUUUACGAGGGUUUGUGAGGACCAGAUAUUGUUGUCGGACGAGGAUCUCCGGUCGUUCAUUGAGAGCGACUUUGGCUAUCAACCCACUCCUCGGCCACGGCGAAAGACAUCGUCGGGGUUUACACUCAUUCGCAGGAAUGUACCAGACGAAGACGAGGAGCUUCAGAGAGCACGGUUCGAAUUGACAAAGCUCGAAACUCAGUUCUUCGAGACCGCCAAAGCGGUGGAUAGGCUGGCUAUCACUCGCAAGGCUCUGGCGGGAGCCCACGCUGCAAUGGGUGACAAACUCAUCAACGUUGCCACUACCGAAGCGCACCCUCCCCUCGGAAAUGCCCUGCGGAAACUGGGAAGGACGUGGCACAGUUUAGCCGACCUAGAUCAUGCCCAGUCCAUCAGUGAAUGCGUCAUCUUGGGAGAUUCACUUGGAUAUCAGGGAAUGAAUGCUCGAUCUGCAAAGGAGACUUUGCAAAUGCGAACGGGUGUUCUGGAGGAGUAUCAGGCUGCGGUCAAGACCACCAUUUCAAAGAGAAGGCAAAUUGAGCGGUUGAAGGCCAGUUCCAAUAUUAGACCCGAACGGGUUGAUGACGCGUUGGAAGACAUGGAAGAGGCAGAGAAGUAUGAGCAGAUCCUAGCGAGGAGAGCUGAAGGGAUUUCGCAGAAUUUGCACACGGCCCUACAGACCCACAAUCGAUAUGCCAACGACGAUAUCACGACGGCCUUGAUUGAACAUGCUCGAUCUUCCAUUCUAUACGAGCGACAGCUCUUGCGCGACCUAGAAGCGUUGAGAGUAGAUGUGAGCAACGCGAACAAGAAGGUCUUGCCUCCAACCACGGCACCUCGCCCGUCCUAUAUUCCACCUCUGGAAGACUUUGAUCGACCACCCCCUGUGGUCAACGGGAAACGUCAAUCUCGAGACAUCCACGCACCUCCGCAAACGGCUGUUCCUCCAGUUGCUUCCUCCUCCAAAGCGCCAGCUCAGAGGGAAAGAUCGUCAUCUGUACCACCAGAGUCUGCCAACGGCCCUCAAGUACCACCCCUGGCUGCGACCCAAUCAUUUGCUCCUGCUCACCCCCCACCUUUGGCAGGGCCUGGCUCACGCCAACCACUCUCGCAAGGAGCUGGGCCGUCGGGUAGUUCAGUCACCGAACCCAGUACACCAGUCGGACCUCCACUGGGAGGCAAGUUCGUAGAUGGAACAAAAUCCAUGUUCGUUACGCCGUCGGCGAGUACCGCCAACACUUCUCCAAGUUCGUCCUCGGCUGCAGGUCCACUCGACCCACUUCGAAAUGAUUCGUACCAAGCUCCCAUUUCACCAUUACAUGACCCGCUGACCCGUAGUGCCACCGCUCAACCUUCCGCAUCCCACACUGUUGACCCUCUGGGACAGAUCAAAACUCGGCAGAUGUCGAGUUCUGUUAGGAUCCAACCUCAACGACCUAGGUUGGAUCCCAGGGAAGCUGCGAGCAAGUUGGCGAACAUGUUUUAA